AUGCGUCAAGAUCAUCGUAAUCGUGUUUUUCAUGAUUUCCGUACUGGCCUUUGUCGUAAUCUUGUUUGUUCGGACUUAUUUACACGUGGUAUUGAUAUUCAAGCUGUAAACGUUGUUAUCAAUUUUGAUUUCCCAAAAUUAAGUGAAACAUAUUUACAUCGUAUUGGUCGUUCAGGUCGUUUUGGCCAUUAUGGUAUUGCUAUAAGUCUAAUAACAUAUGAAGAUCGUUUUUCAUUACAUAAAAUCGAACAAGAAUUAGGUACAGAAAUUCAACCCAUACCAAAACAAAUUGAUCCAUCACUUUAUGUUGCUGAAUAUCAAAUGGGUGGUGAAAAUACAAGUGAAAAACAACAAGAAAAUAAUGGAAAUGCUUCUGCUAAUACAAAAUCAUAA